AUGACAGGGUAUAACAUUGCUGAUCUUGUCCAAGAAGCACAAAUCAGGUGGUUAAAACCAGGGGAGGUGUUCUUCAUACUACAGAAUUUUGAUGAAAAACAGCUUACCAAUGAGCACGUCCAAAAGCCACCCAGUGGUUCCUUAUUUCUGUUUAACAAGAGGGUCUUGCGUUUUUUCCGUAAAGAUGGUCAUACUUGGAGGAGAAAAAAGGAUGGAAGAACUGUUGGAGAAGCACAUGAACGCCUAAAGGUUAUUCCAUUUUUCCCUUUUAAAGCAUGGGGCUAUAUAUUUCUUGAUCUUAUGGUGACAAGGGAAUGGAUCACAUUGGAGUUGCUUAGAGGACCUCUAUAUUACGUUUUGAUGUUAAUUCUAUGUUCUAUUUUGUUCUGGCGUGAGUCGCCAGUCGUUGUGGUUUCACUUUCAAUGAUGUGUGGCGGUGAUGGUAUUGCGGAUAUAAUGGGUAGAAGGUUUGGAAUCCAUAAAAUACCUUACAACAAGCACAAGAGUUGGGUUGGUAGCAUAUCUAUGUUUAUAGUUGGUUUCUUAAUCUCAAUUGGGAUGCUAUAUUACUUUUCAAAGUUUGGGUACUUUGAGCUAGGUCGGGCGUGGACAAUUGAACAAGUGGCGCUGGUUGCAAUGAUAGCAACAGUGGUGGAGUCACUUCCAACCAAAGGAGGCCUAGAUGACAAUGUUUCCGUACGUUUGGUGAGCAUGGUAGCCGCAUAUCUGAGUUUUGGCUUCCAACCUUAA